CGCAGCAACAAAAGAAUUAUCAACUGCAGGCUAAGGUCACACGAAACAGAGGGAACAUUUGCACUACUGGUGGCAAGGGAAAAGCGAGAAGUUGCGAUUAAAAAUGAACUCUACCAAUGAAAAUUCCACGUCGAGUCCUUUGACAAGCGGAUACCCAUUGGUUGUAAGAAGUUCUGAAGAAGUGAUCUUUGAAAUUAUCGUCGGUUGUGUUCUGUGUCUGCUUGGCGUAACAGGGAACGGUUUCGUUUGUUAUGUCAUACAUCAGAGUCGCUACACAAAAUCUUCGAUGUAUUUCUUCAUGGCACAGCUUGCUAUUGCAGACAUCCUGGUCUCAUCGAUUUCAAUACCUCUGACUUUGGUCUCCACGUGUCCGAGACCACUACUUCUGCUUCAAAGCGAUAUUCCCUGCAAAAUGGUCCGUUUCCUACAGUACCUUCUUCCACCUGCAUCUGUUAACAUCCUAACUGCCACAGCAGUCGAUAGAUUCCUUUUGAUCUGUUACCCGCUUAAGUUUUUAUACCGAACGAAAGUCAAAUUCCUCGCAAUAUUCUGCUGGGCGUCUGCAAUAUUCAUAGCAAUGCCAGUGCUGUAUUUGAUAAAUUCUCGUCCCAUUACACUUAAUAAUGAAGUUUACAAGUUCUGUGGCAUAAAGGAAACUUCCUCAUUUCCCAAACUUGGUUCAACUUAUUUAACAAUAAGAGGAAUUUUGGCAUUUCUUUUUCCUCUUUUGGCAAUCGUGCUUCUCUAUUACAACAUUUUAAAAACAGUAUGGAAGAGAAACACCAUCAAGAGCCGAAAGCGACGAAAUGUGAUCAAGAGCUUGGGUUUGGUUGUUUGUGCGUUCUUUGUAAGCUGGGCUCCAUUUUCAGUCGUAUCAAAAUAUUCUAUCCUCGUAGAAAAGCGAUACGAUACUAUUUCCAGAGCAGAAUUAAUUACAUUUUGGGUCGGUCUGUCAGCAUCUGUGUAUAACCCUGUUAUCUACGCAUUUUAUAACAAAAAUUUUCGAGACGCUUCUCGCGAGGUUAUUCUUCGUAGAAGAGAGCGGAGAAAAACUUCUGUCACAUUUAACCCGAAUGUGAAAGUUAACAUAGAAGUUUUGGAAGGCACCAUUCCUGACUUGGAAUCUGGCGCACCUAUAUUGCUUAAACACGCAAAGCUUGCUUAAAAACUCCAAACAAUGCGUAAUCGCGGAAAUCA